AGAGACACAGAUACAUCUGGGGUGUGUUCUCGUGGUUGUCUGCUAGAUGAAGCUUGACAACACAAAUGGAGAAGAGGAGGAAAGGGUCCUCCUUGGAGCUGAGGCUGAUGGUUGUCGGCAGCAGCGGACCGUCUCAGUUCCAGCUGACCAACGUUAUCAUGGGGAGGGAGGAGUUCCCUCGGGACACUACGAGCAUCUCUGGCAGCCGUAAGAUUUUGGGGGAGCUGGCGGGGCGGCGGGUGGCCGUGAUCAGCGCCCCCAACCUCUAUGACAAAGACAUAUCUCGCGUCAAGAGGAAGAUGGAGCUGAGGAGGUCCAAAUGCUUGUCAGUGCCCGGUCCCCACGCUUUUCUGGUGGCCUUCGACAUGGAGAAAAUUUCACCGAAUGACAUCAGGACCCCACAGCUCAUGAUGAGACGUUUUGGAAGACGUUGUUUAAGACAUUGCAUCGUCCUCCUCGCCUACGAUGGCAGCCCGGACAGCUCGGCCUUGGAAGGUGUCGUGCAGAACACCGACUGGCCCUUGAGGCAUCUGAUUGAGGACUUUGGUGGCCGCUUUUACAUUUUCAGCAAGGACUGGCGGGACCGCAGCCGUGAGCAGGAGCUUCUGCAGAAAAUCGAGUGGAUGGUGGCCUCCCUGGGCGGCGCCUGCUUCUCCAGCGGAACCUUCCAGAAGGCCGAGCGCAGUGUUAAGAAGGAGGAAAAAAGACUCAUGAAGAAGAUGGCAGCGGAUAACGAGAAAGCGUGGAGUGAGCUGGAGAAGAAGUACCUGUCAGAUGAAUUGUACCGGCGCAAAGACGCCCACACAGCUAGCAUAAGCGCAGAGAUAAGGGCCAAGGCCGAAGUGGACAAUGGCUGGCUCAGGACGUCCCUGGUGAGAGGGGUGGGCUCAGGCGUGGUCGUAGGGGCCGUGAUGGGGGCACUGGUGGGGUCUAUAGAGGGACCAGGAGGAAUGGUGCUGUACGGCGUCAUCGGUGGAGCGCUGGGCGCGUCGGCAGGGGGUGCUGCUCAGGUGGCCACAAAGCACAUGGAGGACAGAGUAGCACCACCCGCCAGACUCAACUUCAAUUCCAUCUUCAUCAAUCGCUUCUUUGCAACGCCUCGGCCCUGACCGCAGCACCCAACAUUAAUUAGCACAACGCCUUUACCUUUAUUUUUACCUUAACGAAAAUAACAAUUCUCAGUUUUAAUUUCAAAGUUCCAGUAAAGUGAAAAUUGUGGAAAUUGGACUCAUCACAGAGAAGAGUGUUGUUAAGGCCCUGUCUAAUUUGUCACAAUUCAAACAAUAGAAGUAUUUCAAAUGAUCUUUCAAGUCAUCACAAAUCAGCUUUUGUUUCCAUUGCAGCAACGGAAUGAAAUGAAACCUCACUAUGCUCAACUGUCAAUAAAAUAACACUUCUCUG